UAUUAUUGCUACUAGUACUUUAUUCAAUCUUGCAUAAUAAGUAUAAUUAAUUACAGUACCCUUCUCUUCUCAUUGACCAAAUAAUGGAUGGUGUAGGUAGAGCUGUAUCUGCUGUUCGAACUCUUUUAGCAGAGCUGCAACGUCCAGAACUGAAGAAUAUUUGCUCAAUUGUUGAAUACAAAUCCCAAUUUUAUGCCAUCCAAGGCAGUGUCGAAGCCAUCGAGCUUGUGCUCCGGGAUUUUGCCGAGAUCAAGCAGGAGUUCCUCUCCCAUCAAGAGAGGGAUCAAAUCCAUGAGAUCCAGGAAGCCAUCUAUGAAGCUGAAGAUCUGUUUGAUGAGUUUGUCCUCAUCGCGGCGCAGAAGCAACUUCUAGAGCCUGACGAUACUUACAUCAAGAGGAGCCCACUUACCUUUGAUAAUAGAGUGAGUCAAGGGUUGGAGAAGAUCAAGAAGAAUCUGGAUGCUAUUUAUUACAACAACCAGUUUAGCUUUAAGCAUGACCCUCAACCUAUCAGGAACAGAAGGCCUGACACCUGUUCUUACGCGUAUGAAUCCGGUGUCAUUGGAAGAGAGAAUGAAUUGGAGAAGAUCGUUGGUAUGCUGCUUGAUCCUUCUAAUGAUAAACGUGACGUGUCUUUCCUUUCUAUUGUGGGUAGGGGAGGCUUGGGAAAAACGACUCUUGCUCAACUUGUGUUCAACGAUCCCAGGAUAACAAGUGCAUUUUCAUGGAGAAAGUGGACUUGUGUGGGUUGUCAAGAUCAGAUCGAGCUUGAUGUGAAACAAGUUCUUUGCAAGAUACUUGGCCAGGAUCAUGAGGGAUCUAAUUACAUGGAACGUGUGCAAUCCAUAAUUCGAAAACAGCUAGCAGGUCAGAGAUACUUGAUUAUUUUAGAUGAUGUAUGGUUUGAGAACCGUAAUCAAUGGUGUGACUUGGUAAAAUACUUGGCUGGAGGUCAAAGAGGAUGUUGGAUCAUGGUGACUACACGCUCACAUACUACUGCAAUGAUGGUGGAUGGUGCUGUGCAUGAGCUACAGAUCUUUUCAAAGGAAAAUUGUUGGCGCUUAUUUGAACAAAUGGCUUUUACAACAGAUCAGUCAUCAAACCCCCCCGAUGAGCUGGUCGAGAUUGGGCGAAAGAUUGUUGAUGGAUGUGCCAGAUUUCCACUCGCUGUAAAAGUGGCAGGAAGUCUUUUGUAUGGUCAAGACAGGAGCAGAUGGCAGUCAGUUCAAAUAGGAUUAGCCAGUUUGUGUAUGCAAAAACCUGAGCUUUCAAAGCAUAACCGAUGGAAGACUUUGUCAUUGACUCUACGUGCCAUAGCAAGAAUGAAGAUUAUGGUUCAGGAGAGAUACAUGAUUCUUUACUGUCUUCUGUUUGGUGACAUUUAUGAGUUCGAAAGAGAAAAAUUAAUUCAAUUGUGGAUGGCAGCGGGGUUUUUAACAAAGGAGCCUUUGGAGGAUAAUGGUGAUCGUAUUUUUAAUAUUCUCUUGGAAAAGAAGUACAUCUUACCUUCAAGAAUUGGCAUUUCGAGGCAGAGUAAUUUGUAUAAAGUGAAUUCCGAUAUGAUACCUGAUGUUCGUGCCAGGGCAGAUUCAAUCAAAGACUUCAAUAUGAAAAUAAGGGAUGACAAUGUUAUGGCCAAUCAGUUUGCUGAUGUGUGGCAUAUAUCUGUGCAGUCUAGCAACAUUAACCAAUCUUUCGAAUCUCUCAUGAAAAUUGACAAGAUAAAAACGCUUCUGUUGCUCGACGGAUCUCUUCCCACACGAGUUCCACCUGAUUUUUUUUCCACUUUGAAGUUUCUUACAGCAUUAGAUUUGAGUGGUAGUCGUGUAACAGAGCUACCAAGUUCAAUUCAGGAUGCAAAAGAGCUUUGUUAUGUUGAUCUUUCAGGCUCACCGAUUAAUAGGUUACCUCAGUCAAUAGUUCAUUUGCGAAAAUUGCAAACUUUGAGGCUUAAAGGGUGUACAGAUCUUUUUGAGCUACCUGAAAGAACGAUGGAGCUUAGUAAUCUUCGACAUCUAGAUUUUGAUGUUCUCAGCCAAUUGACUUUGAUGCCAAGAGGAAUAGGGCAUCUAACGGAGCUUCGAACUUUACAUGCAUUCAUUGUUGAUGGGGAGGAACGCUGCAAUAUCCAAGAGUUAAAGCUUAUGAAUAAUUUAUCAGGAACAUUUUGCAUCUCAGGGUUGGAGCAUGCGAGCUCACAGGAUGCAGAAGAAGCAACUUUGAUUGACAAAAAAUGCCUUAAGCAUUUGGAACUAAGAUGGAGUGACUUUAGCGAAUAUUUUCCUAAGGAGGAAUUAGUUAGAGUUAUCGAGGGUCUAAAACCACAUUCAUCCUUGGAAGAGCUGAAGAUUGUGUGCUAUUUCGGAGAAUGUCUUCCAAAUUGGAUGGGGGAUCCUCAAUAUGAAUGGUUGGUUAGUAUUUCCCUAUUCAAAUGUGAAAAUUGCUCUAACUUUCCUUGUCUUGGUCGACUGCCCCAACUCAACAAUCUUGAAAUAUUCGAAAUGAAUGGUGUCAAAAAAAUUGAUCACACAUGUUAUGGUGAGGACAAAGAUCGUGUAGCAUACCAUGCUUUGGAGAAGUUAUCAAUCAAUGGUAUGUAUCGAGUGGAGGAGUGGAAAGGGUUAAGAGAUGGGGACUUUCCUUGCCUAGUUAAGCUCAUCAUAAAUCGAUGUCCCAACCUAGCAUUACUCUCUUCAUUCCCAAGAUGUCAAUCUUUGAAGCAUUUAGAAUUAAUAGAUUGCCCACAACUUGAAUGUUUGCCUGAUGAUAUGUUGUCCUCCCCGCUUGAUAGUCUAGUUAUAGAUGAUUGUCCUUUGCUUAAAGAGACGUAUUCAAAGGGAGGCGAAGAUUCACACAAAAUAGAGCAUGUGAAAAAUGUAUGGAUUGAAUUAGAAGAGACAGAAUCAAGCGAUAAACAUUCUACUAGUACUGAAGAUGAUGAUUCCAUUGAAGGUACGCAUCAUGAAGAAAAUAUGGAUGAAUAUGAUUGAGUCACACUACAAGAAUUAAGCUUAUUUCCGACGGAAAAUACGUCCGUCGGAAAACUGGAGGAUUUCCGACGAAAUUAUGCCAUUUCCGAGGGAUAGAGUCCGUCGGAGACACCCUUUUUCGACGAAAUUCCGACGGAAAUUUCCGUCAGAAAAGGGUAUCCCAGGUUCAACCACUACAAGAAUCAAGCUUAUUUCCGACGGAAACUACGCCCGUCGGAAAAAUUCCGUCGCAAAAAGGCAUAUUUUCCGAGGAAAAAGGGUCCGUCAGAAAACUGGAGCAUUUCCGACGAUAUUAUUCCAUUUCCGACGGAUAAUUCCGUCGAAAAAUUUCCGAGGGAAAGAGUCCGUCGGAGAAACCCUUUCCCGACGGAAUUCCGUCGGAAAAAGGUUGAACCUGGGAUAUCCUUUUCCGUCGGAAAAUGGUUCUGCGCAUAGGAUACCAUUUUCCGAUGGAAUUUCCGACGGAAUUGCGACGGAAAUUUCCGUCGGAAAGUUUUCGGCACUAAAAACCAGAAUUGCCUAAUUUCAUUUCGGUUUUCCCAAAUUUUUCACGCCUUCACCUUCCUCUUCCUCCACCUUUGUUCUUCACGCCUUCACCUUCCUCCAUUGAAGCAGCUCCAAGCUCCAUUUUUCAAGCUUCUUUCUUCCUCAAGCUUCAUUCUUCUUCAAGCUCCACCACCUUCAACCCACAACCAAAAAACCCGGAAACAUAUCAUAAAAUGGUUGAGGAAGCAAGCAGUCAGGAGUCUUCCAAAAUCCAGGAUGAACUGUACUGGGAUGCAGUAGGCGGG